AUGAACCUCCUGCAUGACCAGUGCUGCUGGCUCCUGUUCUGUCUGUUUGCUCAAGUGUAUUUUCUUGCAGGCACUACUGGGGACCUCAAAGUUUUACAAUCACCACACAAUCUGAUUCUGUCCAAGGGAGAGACUGCACAAAUCAACUGCACGUGGAAUGGGGAAAAAGUCAACGGACUUAAAAAAAGCUGGCAGAAAGAUGAAAAAAAGAUUGACAAGGAUUCCACUAUCUUCAAUAGGAUAAAUAUCUCAUCUCAAAACUACUCAUCAGCCCUGGCCAUUCACAAUAUAUCUAGUAAUGAUUCAGGUUUAUAUGUUUGUAAAUUUUUCCACGACAUACCAAAACUCGAAGAAUACUUGGGAAAAGGAACACAAUUAACAGUGAAUUCACAAACUAAAACCUCCACUGAGAGCCAAGGGGGUGCUGAAAACCAAGCGGAUGCUGAAAACCAAGCGGAUGCUGGAAACCAAGUGGAUGCUGGAGACUCUGGGCUUCCACUCCAACUCACAGUGUCUUUGGCUGUUGUUGUGGGUCUACUGGUGAUCAGCGCUCCUUUGGUUAUCUGCAGAUUAAAGAGAGCAGGAAAUAAUGUGAUCAGAGAAGCACCCAACGAAAGCGAGGAGCAUGGAGAAGAAAUUGAGUCCAACUCUAACUCCUCCAGGGGUUCAACGCAGUGGUGUCAGGUUCCUGUGUAUGAAGCUUACUUUGAUCAUCGGAGAGAUGAGGAGGAUGGCUGAAAAGGAUUCAACAUCACAGAAGAAAUAUUCCAUAGCCUACAUUAUUUGUUUUUGCCAUCUUAUGGUUAAACUGUGUUCCUAUUGAAUAAUCUCAUAGUCAUUCUUGAGGCAAUUAAGGGAUACAACAUGCUGUAAAAGUAACCGUUUCAAUUCACACAGAGCAUGGUUUGAACUGACAUAGACCCAGCAUUACAGUUUUUCUCGAUUGCCUUAACGCUUGCGUCAACUCUGACACCAUGUCAUCAAAACAGUUAACACACCGGUCUAAACAGAAUCACUCAACACAAUUUUUUCUUGCAAAAGACUGAAACACUCUCAAAACACUUAAAACACACAGCAAAGGCUAAUUUUGCCUUUAAACAACACAACUUGUGUAGUCAAAUCAAUGUUCGCUUUCAAUCAGUCACACACUGCACAACAAAAUGCAACCGAUUCAAUUAAUUUAAACGCCAUAAUAUGCUUCAAGGUACUUCACGGAGCUUGGUUUGAACUGAAACUCGCGAGAGCCAGCAGGUGACAGGGGUAAGGGAAAAUGUUCUUCCUUUUAAAAGGAAAAAACUUUGAGCAGAACCAUGGGGGAGGAGUCCUAUAUCCGGAUAUUACAGUGUACAGAAAGGGUAUAGGAUUGUUGCAUUUUUUUUUUAUUGUUCAAUUUCUUUGUGAUGUAAUUGCUCCAUACAACUCUUUAUCAUUAUUAAUUCUUCAUUUAAUCAAUCAACUUCUUUAAUUUGAUAUGUUUUAAUCUGAAAGCUGACAAAAUUAAGAUGCUGCUUGAUUUUAUUGUGUUCUUCAAAAAUGAUUUAGCUUUCUGUUUAGUAUAGCCUACUUAAUGAUAGUCGACAUUCAGUGAACAAACUUGAAAGUUUACUUUGAAGUGCGAGGAGCAAGUAUUGCCCUGUUACUACAGUAUUAAAGAGUGUGCUUAAAGGUGCCAUCAGCGAUUGUAUGCACCCAUAUAUUUUUUGUCAAAUUCAGCAGUAAUCACCUCAUGACUACUAGCUGCCCGUUCCAUGAGUAGCCUACACUGUAUAAAAAAAUGUCUGUAGGCAGCCCAGGCUCUGAAAGCUGGUUGAGUGGGGGCAGCCUGUCCUCCAAACAAAAAUGUCACAGACUGUGCCUCUAAUAAACUAGAA